ACACCACAAAACAUCUCCAUACAGUCUGUGAACAUGAGGCACCUACUGAAGUGGAGACCCCUGGAGGCAGACUGCGAGACUCUUUACUACUCUGUAAUGUUUCAGGGAGAGUUUGAAAUACACAUGCUAAAUGGAAGCUGGGUGGAUGCAUACAACUGCCAGAAGAUCAUUAAGACUGAAUGUGACUUGACGCUUGAUCUAGGCUCUGACUCAGAUUAUAGCAUUAGCGUGCAAGCACUGUGCGAUGGACAGACCUCAUGGGGACGCCUACCGAUGACCUUCAACCGGAAAGACACUCUGCUAGAAGUUCCAAACAUGACUGUGGAUGUGACAGGAAGCAUGAUCCAGGUUUCUACUCAAGUGAUCAAAGCUCGACCAUACCUCUUAUUUUUUGAUACCAAGCAAAACAGAGGCAGACAUUGUCUGAAAGCAGAAGCAUUCCUGGAAACCAUCAACAAGACCAGCAUUAGCAAGACUCGCUGCGUCUACAUCUUCAGGCCACUUUCCCACUGGCUUAUGCCUUUGAUUGUGAGCGCCACCAUAGCUGUAAUCAUCGCCAUGGCAUUGGCACUGGGUUGGAUGGCACCUCACUGUGGUGCAUGGCUAAGACAAGGCAUGUGUCAUAAAGAGGUAUUGCCUAAAGCACUGAUUGAGGAAUGGCCUGGCACCACACCAACCUUAUUCUCUGAGAUAUUGCUGGAGUCCACCCACUCAGACUUAGUGCUGCACCCAUUAGAGGUGCAGGACAGAAAAUCUGAGAUGAAGGCAACCUGUACUGCAAACAUACCAGCCGAAGCAAUACUCAGUUCCUGAAAUCUGGAACAAAGCUCAGAAG